AUGCCGACGCUUGGGGCUAGGCCGGUGUCUUCAUCGCCGCCGGGGCUUCACAUGCCCAGGCCACCGCUGAAGCUGAAGUCUUGGAAGGGGCCUCUACCCUCCAGGAGGGUCACGCCGCCGGCGAUCCUCGCCGACUUUAUCGUCAAGGCGAAGGAGGGUUCGGGCGGACAUGGAGGCGUGGCCGUCGAGCCGUCCCAAGCACCAGUGAUGGAGGAGAAGGCCGGGAGCUCCUCGACGCCAGCGUUGGCGAGCGCGGCGCCUAUCAGGCCUCUCUUCGAAGCAGACGAGGCGGGAGUCGAGGCGGGAUCAGCGGGGCGCAGAAGUGGGCCACAAGCAAGGUGGGCUGGACUUUGUCGGGCGCUUAUGGGCCUCCAACGUGCUGAUCGACGUAAUCUGGCUACGUCGCGAUCGUGCGUGGUCUCACGAUUUCACACGCCUCGCCUCGUCCAAGAUCAUCGUGCCGCCGCAGGUUCUCAUACUCACGCCGUCGACCGCGCCCCGGCAUCUCCUCGUCCAAGUCCUACGCGCCCAUUGCCUUACGGGUCUUCGAGGGGAGGUACUGCUAGUCGUUCCUUCGCCGACGUGGUGGCCGGGAGCAGCACUUCGGCCGGGAUGGCCAGGCCUCAGCGUCCGCCUGUGACAACAGGUGUACCGGCGGCUGCACCGGGAGCGGCGCCAGCUGCGCCAAUGGUGGCUCCUCCUUCAGUACCUGUGGCGGCUGCAGGGUUCCAAGGGUGGCCGGCGGGUAUGCCUAUGCCGCCGCCCGCAGCUUCGGCGCCGAGGCCAACAGCCGGGUUUCAACCCCCUCGUAUGUCGAUUCCUCAGAUGCCUUUUAUGCCGCAACAACCGUAUCAGCAGUAUCAGGGCCAUUACCAGUAUCCUCAGCCGCAGCAGAUUUUGGUUCAGCCACAGUUGCAGCAAGCACCGCAUCAACAACCACAGCCGCAACCGGGACAGUUGAAGAAGAGAAGGAAGAAGAAGAGUGCCAACGCUGUGGGGGCACACCCGACCAUUCGGUGCCCAAUUCUGAAGUUGCCGAGACCCACGAGUUCCUUUGUUGGUUGUGGGAAUGAUGCCACACUUGAUCUUCAACUCCCAGACUCAGUUUAUAAGCCUCAGUUGAUGGCUUCUGGAGCACCUACAACUUUGGUGCAGGUGUCAGGGGAAGGGGUUGUCACAGCGGCGGAUAUCCAGAAUCUUAUGGCCCCUGAGGAUUUGUCGAGGAUUGAUGGUAUGCAGAUGAGUGUGCCCAAAAUUAAUGCACAUGCUCUAGUUUCUUCUUGGGAUGGAGGCGAUGAUGAUGGUUCCCACGGUUUUGAGGAGGAGAGGUUUGAUGAUGCCGCAGCAGAUGCUGCGCCGGAGGCAGCUAGUAUGGACGUUGAUGGACUUCCUCCUACGCACUCUUCUAGUGCUACAGUGGUGCUGGUUGCUGAGGUGGCUUUGACCCCGUUCAACCUUUCACCGCGGACGAAUAGAGGGCGGGAGAUUUUGGCUCGUGCUAGGUUGGAGUCACCUCCCUUGGUCAUUUCGCCUUCGGCGCUUUCUCGGGCUUCUUCUCCGUCUCGAGUUCGGACCUUCAUGCAAGGACGCACUCGACCAGCUUCCUCGCCAUCUUCAUGCGCCGAUUCACCGACCUCGCAGCAGGGUGCUCCGAUCCCGUCUUCUACUUCCACUCAGACGGGGUUGGAGCAUGGACGGGCUGCGCUGCAGCCGAUGGCGCCGUUGUUCCCCACGUCUCUGUCACCGCAGGAGGACGACUCGGCGGGGCAGCAACGGCCAGCUUCGGGGCUGCAGCAGUCGGCCAUAGCAUCUUCGCAGGAGGCGGAUGAGGCGGUGCAGCAGCCGGACACGCCUAGCUCGCAGCCGCGGCAGCAGCCCACGCCGUGCUCUCAGACGCAGCAGCCGACCACGGCAAGCGUGCAGCCGCAGCAGCUAGCCACGCCGCACUCGCAGCCGCAGUGGUCGGCCACGUCGCACCCGCGGAUGCAGCAGCAGGGCACGGUGCCCACGGCGACGGCAUCGACGGGUCUGGGACCGUUGCACCCUAGCUGCGGCGAGUAA